AUGGAUUCCCCACCAGACCCGCCGUCAAUCCUCUUCCAAGGCUUGUCAUUAGGAGCCGGUCAGACCUCUCCCCAGUCCGGCAGCAGCCACGCGGUAAGUCCAGGACAGUCGCGUGGAAAAAUUGACUUGUCCUUUUCUUCGCCCCGCUCUGGUUCUUCCAUCUCGCCUGAAGAUGAAGGCGUUUUUGUCUUUGGUCAGCCGUCUCUAAACCGAAGUAUCAGCUCGAGUUCUGUAUUUCAAUUCGGUGGUCGUGAUCAAAAUGUCGCAUCUACUAACAGAGACACUCGGGCUGAGUCAUUUGAAUUCGGCACACUGCAUAACAUGACACCGCUCCCAUCGCCUUCUCCGUCUCGAGCAACAACACCACAGCGCAUUCAUCAACCGCAAUCACCUUUCACGCAUCUCACAACGCCUCCUGCAAAAGGAUCUCACCUCACAAGUGAAAAUGGCACCAAGGCACCCCUUUUCUCGUUUCUAUCCCCCUCUAGCUCAGAUAGUAGACGUCAGUCUUCAUCAGUGCUUCCAUCAACCCCUUCCACUCCCAGCCAACCCCGCGUGAAGGCGCCAGAGUCAAGUUUCGUAGCGUCCCCAACUCCUGAGCCAUCAGCUCCCAUUACACCCUAUGAUGAUAGAGCAGAAGCGGCACCUCCCCAUGCCUUGUUUAUGGCCACUUUCCAAGAUGCCCUAAAGCUAGGUUCCGAUAUAGCGCAGAAGGCCGUGAGGUCUAUUGAAAAAGUGCAAGCCGGUGCUUCGGGGGAGAUAGACUCGGAAAUUGACAAGUUGCUGGGUGACGCAAAGAGUUUGCAACGUUUCCAUGGUACUGACACACGCACAAUCGCCGUUCUAGGUGACUCAGGAGAAGGGAAAAGCAGUCUCAUCAAUUCACUCCUCCACUUUCCAGGGGUCGCCCAAACGGGCGAUAUUGGGUCCGCCUGUACCUCAGUUGUUACUGAGUAUCGGCAGAAAAAGGCAGGCCAUACUGAUCCUAUCACUAUCGAUGUGGAGUAUCUCUCAGGGCUAGAAAUACGGGAGCUUAUAAAAGAGCUUCUCUGGAGCUACAGGCAGCUAUUCCUUCCAGGUGUCGAGUCCAGUGAGACCUCGGAACAGGAUUACAACCGCUAUAUGAGACAAUCUGAACAAGCAUGGUCUGCGUUGCACGCAGCGUUCAAACACAAGAGACAAUUCACUCAAAGAUUUGCGCAGGACAUGUCUGAUGGGGCUUUAGAAAGGAUUACGAAUCAGUUGAUCGAGUGGUCACGAGAAAUUGAGUGGCCAACUAGUGGUGCAGACGGGUUUUGGACGUCAACGGCGCAAACUGCCGAAGAAUGCGUUGAGCAGACAAAGCUCUUCAUGCAAGACAAAUUCUGGCCUUUCACCAAGAUUAUCCGCGUAUAUCUGAACUCCCAGGUUCUCAAGACUGGAGUUGUUCUCGCAGAUCUACCUGGACUCCAAGAUACGAACCUGGCAAGAGUCCGAGCAACCCAAGAUUAUCUCAUCAAGUGUGACAACAUCUUAAUCGUUGCCAAGAUAUCCCGUGCCAUAACCGAUCAAUCUCUCAAGUCUUCACUGUUCUAUGUACUUUCUCGCCAUAUGCCCACGGAAUGGGAACAAUCCGGCACACAACGGUUGAACGUGUCAGUUGUGUGUACCAAGUCAGAGGAGAUUAAUCUUCGCACAGCAAGACUUGAGUUCUGCGGUCCAAACCAUAGUAUCUCCAACGAGACCAUGACACGGCUAGAUGAUGAGAUCAAUAGUGCAAAGAAUGCUGGGGACAGAACCAAGAAGAAGGCCGCAAAGAAGAAGCAGGAGCUUUUAUUAGUCCAAGCACGGAACGAACAUGUCAAGCGAAACCUCCAAAGCGUCUACUCGUCAGAGAUGAACGGCAGAACCCUGGAUGUAUUCUGCGUGUCCAACAAGUGGUACGAGAAGUAUUGCCCAAAGGGAAACACUGAGUUUGUGGAAGCAAGCGGCAUUCCAGGUCUUCGUCGCUUUUGCCACACUGUGACUGCUGAUGCCCAAUUGAAUGAAGCAAAGCAUUUUUUGAGGUCCAGAUUGUCGGCUCUUCUCAAUACACUGGAUUUGUGGGCCUCCAGUUCGCUUCAAAAGCAAGAUGAGAUUGAGGAGCCAGAUGACUCUAUACACACCACACUCACAGAGCUCAUAGGUCAGAUGCCUAGUCUUGUCAAUACUUUCCAACAGGACUUUAUGACGUGCUUUCGAGAGCAGAUAAUGACCUUCUUCGGCCGGAGAGACCAGCAUUGGGAUCAGGCUGCAACCAAGGAAAGCUUGGUAUGGACAACUUGGCACUGGACUCAAUACAACGCAUGGUGUCUCAACAAUGGGGUUCAUGAGACCUUGAAGCGUGGGCACGAGAAUUGGAAUGCCAAGAUUAUCUGGAAAAUGCGGAUGGAACUUGAGGGUCAAUGGGACCUUGUCGAGGAAGAAGUGUGCGAUGUUUUUGAGGCUCUACUCAAUGAUGCCAAGAGUCGUCUGGAGUCUUUUAAAUCUAGUUUAUAUGAUUCGCUCCCGCAGUUGCUCGUUGAGCCUAUCGUCGAAAGCGUUACUGUGCAGAUCGGAAAUCUCGAGUACUGCAUGGGCAGAGAGCAAAGACAGUUGUCUGCCGAAGUAAGAGCUAUACGCAGAUACGCUUCCGAGUCGAACUACAACUCCUACAUACUUCAAGACAUGGUCCCUGUAUAUAGGUCUGCCGCGAGCCAAUGUGGGACCGGUAAAGCCGCACGUCAAAGAUCGAUCGUCCAAGGGCACAUUGAACAGGGAGUCAUCUUCCCGCAGAUGGCCGUUGCAAUCUCCGAAAGUAUGGAUAAGUUGAUCAAAACAACCUCGGGAAGACUCAAUACAAUUCUCAGGAGUGUUCUAGCUACUAUAGAAUCAGAUCUGGAUAUUGUGUUUCAAUCUUAUCAGAGAUCACACGCAAGCCCACCAACUCAUUACGAAGGUCAAGAAGACAAGAUGAACGAGUUCGCGGAUGAGAUUAGGGAUUUGGGACAGAGACAUAAGCAAUUGCUCCAGAGUAUUGAAGCAAUCUGA